AUGAAAGCCGACAAUGUGGCCUCUUCCGAUAAACCGAAAAUACCUUUACCGACAUUAUCACAAAUUAAUGCCGACAGAAUAACGCAACUUGCAAAUCAGUACUGGUCACCCCAAACAAAGAAUAGCCACCUACCUUAUGAUGCUUCAAUUGUGGAAUCAAUUUAUCAAACAGAGAUUCUUGGAUCCUUUUUUUCUGUUCGUCGGAUCAUGAUGCUAGAAUUCUCACAGUACUUGGAAAAUUAUUUAUGGCCUCAAUAUAAGGCUGGAGAGGCAUCUCAUGCUCACAUGAUGUCAAUAAUUGUUAUGAUAAAUGAGAAGUUCCGUGAAAGAGUCCCCGCUUGGCAGGCACUAUUAAAAAAGCCAGAACAUUUCCCAGCAUUUUUUGAACAAGUGCUGCGUGCCAGUGUAACAGAUGAUCAUACAAGUCAGAACAUGCGUGAACAGACUGCACUGCUCUUAUUCCUUAACCAUUGCUUUGGAAGUAUGGAGGUACAGCUCUGUAGGGAUCAAGUCAAGCGUCUUGUGUCACUUAGUAUGUGGAUAAGCUUGCAAGAGGGAAGAAGAAACCAAGAAUUUAAACUUGUUCCAAAGUGGAAAAAAUACUGGAGAGCUAUACAGAAGAAAGAUAAACCAGAACUUUUAGAAAAACUGAGUUGGGAACGGCAUUACUUGCAGAAGCUGAUGAUAAAAUUUAUGCUGAUUCUGGAUACUGUGCCAGAAACUGGAGAUAUUGAUGCAAAUGUUGUGAGGUACUGCGAGAGAUUCCUGGAGUUGAUGAUUGACCUCGAAGCACUUCUUCCCACCCGCCGCUUCUUCAAUACUGUAAUGGAUGACUGCCACUUGGUAGUGCGUUGCCAAUUAUCUCCCCUAACAAGAAGACCUGAGGGCCAGCUAUUUACACAGUCU